AUUAAAAUAGCCUAGUUAUUUUUACGUUUAUUUUUUUAAGUAAUGACAUAUAAUAAUUAAAAAAAAAACUACUGUAGGCCUACCACUUUUGACCCUAGAUAGAUUAAUUCUGACCUAAUAUUGUAGGUGCCAAACAGAAACCUCUCCCCAGAAAAUGCUUAAACCCUAUUCAAGAUGGUGAAAAGGUUCAUAGUCUAAUCUGGCUUGUUUUGUACGUUGAGUUCUUUUUCAAAACUUUCAGUCGAAGAAAGGCCUCUCAGUAGUCGUCUAUAUGUACCCUGUAGAACCGAAUUUGUGUCCAGAACAUGAAAAUCGCAAAUACGUCUCUACAGGAAUACAUGGGCGACGUAAAAUCCACGAAAGCCAAGUUGGGUUUGUAUUCGUCUCGAUCAGAGGCACGUGACUUUGCAUGAAAGCCUUGUGUGCUUACUAUCAUAAGUAGAGGAGUUUGAAUGAACAGAAGUACUACAUGAAGACAUAAACAUUUUUAGCCAAACUUGUACAAGACGUAAAAGCGGAAAUAUGAUGUAUUCCGUCGCUGUAAAUGGCUGAUUUAAAGCCUUCGUAGCUUAAUUAAACACCAAAUUUUCUCUCAACCUCCACAUUUUGCCUGAAGUCGUCGAAUCAUAUAUAAACCGUAACAGAAUUUCUAACGUAUAGUGUUAGGCUACUUGGUUCUAAUAUUAACUGUAGACUAUAUAAAUAAUAGGAAUAACGACAUAUAAGGCUAUGUGCCAAUUAUCCAGGAAAUGUGCUUUGCACUGGCAUAGAUAGAGAUAAGUGAAAAUAUAUUAAUACUAAAUUAAUUAUUUGCCUGCAUGUUAAGUAACUUGCUGUAAUAAAAAGCAUAAUAAAUAGCACUGCAUAUUGUAGCAUAAUUAUAAUCCGUAUUUUAGUCAAUUUGACCCGUUACUGAAGUUUAAAUGUGAUAGAUUAUUUUUUAAAAUGUAAUUUUUAUAUUUUUUUAAACAGUAGCUAUAAUUAGCGAAAGUCUUUUUGGUGACAGCACAUGCUCAAGUUAACUGAGAAACAUCCCUAGAUGCUGUGGCAUGAUCCGAGAAAAUUUGGCCAUUGUGUGUGAGUGUGUGAGAGAGCAAGUAAGGGGGAGAGAGAGAGAGAGAGAGAGAAAGAGAGAGAGAGAGAGAGAGAGAAAGAGAGAGAGAGGGAUAGAGAGACUCAAAGACUUCGCGGACAAUGGCGGAAAAUGGAAGGUAUAUUUGCGAAAGCCGUGGUUCCUUAUCCGGGGACUACAUCGCCCCAUGCCAUUGGGCCAUCGUAUCACGUGGUAAAAGUAACCUUACAGGGUUGCUCGCUAGUAGGAGGGCUUUAUGGAGCAGAAAAAACGACACAAAGCUAGAAAAAAUUAUUUUCCACUCCAGAAAUUAAUGAUCAUGAGCUCGUAUUUGAUGGACUCUAACUACAUCGAUCCGAAAUUUCCUCCUUGCGAGGAAUAUUCGCAAAAUAGCUACAUUCCCGAACAUAGCCCCGAAUAUUACAGCCGUGCAAGGGACAGUGGCUACCAGCAUCACCACCAGGAGUUAUACCCUCCGCGGGGAAGCUACCAGGAGCGACCGUAUAACUGUGCAAGCAUCCCUGAGCCUGAUACUCAAAGAGGACAUGGACUGCCUCACGCGGGGCACCUGCUCGGAAAAGGGCAAUCUGCCUCAUGUGAGCCCCCUCCGUUACCCCUGUCUCCUGCCACCCCUCCGGCUGCAUCCUCCGCCUGCAAUCAAGCCACCCCGGAGCAUCCCAACAGCUCAGCUUCUGCCAAACAACCCGUAGUGUACCCCUGGAUGAAGAAAAUUCACGUCAGCACCGUGAACUCUAGUUACAAUGGAGCGGAACCCAAGCGGUCUAGAACUGCUUACACUCGCCAGCAAGUCUUAGAAUUGGAGAAGGAAUUCCACUAUAAUCGGUACUUAACACGGCGAAGACGUAUCGAGAUUGCUCAUUCCUUGGUCCUCUCGGAGAGGCAAAUCAAAAUUUGGUUUCAGAACCGCAGGAUGAAGUGGAAAAAAGACCAUAGGCUUCCAAACACCAAAGUCAGAUCCUCUUCCUCCACGGGCAUUUCCUCCGGGUCCAACACAAGCUCAGCGGCUGGCGUUGUGGCGGCAGCUUCCACCACUAACACCAUGUCAGCCUCCGAGGACCUCUCCGGAACCGAGCGUGGCGAGGAUAUUACAAGGUUAUAAGAGAACUAUUUCGAGGAGAGAAGGGAAGAACAAAUGACUGAUUAUUUAUAAAAUAUAAUAUAUUUUGUUUUCGUAGGCAUCUUGUGCGUAAAGGGGGUUCCUUUAAGUCCACAGUUAUAUAAAAUGCAUGUUAUAUAGCAUGGAUUAUUGCGAAUACCUAUGGAUUAUUUUUUACGCGAAACAGGGUUUAAUUUAUCUAAAAAAAACGAAUCAGUAUAGUUUUUUUUUUGUUUGUUUGUUUGUUUUUUUUUUAAAGAGAAAUGAUUUGGGCGAUGCAGGUUAUGGACAUUUUACUCAAAUGUUAUUUGUGGGCCUUUCUUUGCCCAGCUGCCAAGGUGAAGUGCACAACGAAUCUAUUUAUCUAUUUAUUUCUCACUUGAGAGAGCUGGAAAUUUUUUUUUUUUUUUUUUUUUUUGUACUGUAAAUGAAAAACACUAUCGUGGGUAUCGAUAGAAAAAAAAGAUCUUAAAACGUCUUUGUUUUCUUUAAAUGUAAAUCAUGCUGUGGGUUAUCUGUCGUAUGGAAAGGUUAAGACUUUAAAUUAUCAUUUAGUUUUUGUUGUGAUGGCGUUGUGUUUAGGCUAUUAACAGCAGAUUGUUGUGAGAUGCAAUAAAACCAGUUUAGUGUAUUUGUGCUAAUUAUAUUGGUCAAUAAAACGUAAGUGUCUAUUAGUUUUACCUAGACUUGAGUGGCUUUUAUUAAUAUACAAUGUAGACUAAAUUUCCGCACAUAAAUAGCGAAAAGUUUCCUCUGUAAUUUCUAACAGGGGAUGUAUUAGUCGGGGCAUUUGCAUUAGUCAGCUGAACAUGCAAAUAUAGGCCCGAAAGUAAAACCAGUGUCUAAAAUCAGUGCAUUAAAAAAACUACGUGGUGUCGAGUGGGGUUGCAGCAUUCGUUCUUGCAGAAAAUUAAUAAGCCAUUUUAUUUCUGCCAUACUACCUCUAAUAUCCAAAAUACAGUCUCUCAUAUUUGAGCGGUCAGGUUGUGUAUGGGUUAGCAUGGGCUGUGUACCCAUCACUUUCUCACGUAUUCUUUUAACGUGGGACAUAAUUCGGGCAUUUUAAGUAGGGACCUUAUCGCUUUUCACUCCACAGGAUGGCUUGUAAUUCAUUACUGUUUUCAACAUGGCUGAAAUGUCUCUAAAAUUAAUUCCAGUAUUCAAAUAUGUCCUGCAUUGCUUCUACUUUUCCACUAUUGAUUUCGAACCUUAUCAAGUAGAGAUACAAAUGAAAGCAAUUCGUUUUAUUUGGAUAAACUAAACAGUAAAAAAAAUUGGAAGAUAUUUAGAACAUGAAAAUAUGUCUAACAUUUUAUGGACUUAAUGAAAUAUUUAUUAAAUGUUCUUAGUUUUGUUGAGUUUAAAUUUAAAAAAUCAUUUGAAAUUCGUUGGUAUUUAAAUUAAUGCUAAUUUAUCUUGAUAUAUUCGGUUGAAAUAUAAUAGCCUAUGACAAGAUUUAUUACAAAAUAACCAUUACUAAAUACGAUUGCAAAAAUACGUGUUAUGGGAUAAGUGUGUAAAGAGAAAAAGGCUGUGAAAUCGGUCAGUCCGAUAUAUUAUAUAUAUAUAAUUUUUUCUCCUUUUUUCUUAAUCCUACUACCUCAGUUUUUGAAAGUUCUGAUUCAGGCCACUCCUCUAUGUGUACCAUAUUGUUAUUUUUUAAAAAGUGGCGCUAGAACCUGUUCUAAGCAACGUCAUAGCCAAAGCAGAGACUAGGAGCUAGACACAGGACCAAAAUCUGCACGCUGUGGCCUUGCUUCAAUGCUGCUCAGAACGCUCCCAUAUGCAAAUUAGUUCAAAUUUCAUUGUGACGUUUUUGUAUUUUUCUAAAUGCACAAGAAUAUAUUAAAAUUUAAAUAUAAAAACACUUAGCGUCUCUAUUGAUAUCAGUUCUCAAGAAAAGAAAAACAUGUACAGAAAAUAAGGAAUGUGUUUGAUUAAUUGUAAAUCGGCCUGACUUGAAUGAAGAUUACACAACGGCUUGCUAAGUGGGGGGCUGAGAAGCACAAAGGAGUGAGUCAUUUUAGACCAUCAAUCAAGUCCGGCAGCAAUAGUCAAUUGUACUUCUAAUGUAUAAAGUUGUACAGGCACUUAAUAGUGCACAAAAGCGUCACUGCAAAAUAUGUUUCAGCGGAUAGUUUGUCCAAACGUAAAUGAGAAGAAAGGUACUGGCCAUCGUCUCAGCCUGGCCAUGACUUUGGAUAGGCACUUGAAAAGAGUAGGUGCAGAACUGCAUUCAGGGACCAUUGACCGAACAGCAGAGAGAAAUGAAUGUGAACGCCUAAAUCGUAGCAUCCCGGCAGUCUCUUUCGAGAUGCUGUCGCCUCCAUGUCGCGAGGCUGAAAAGGUACUUUAUUGAAGUUUGUGGCAACUAAGAAAAGUCGAGUUCAAUUUGGGGACACAUUUUCUGUCCCAUUAGUUUCGUUUCAGCCGGGUCGGGCGACCUCUCCCACCCCUUGACCCCACUGGCUCUCUCAACGUGUACCUUCUGUGUGCACCCUCACAGGCUUCCUGGGGUUCCACCGGUGCUCUUGCUUUCAUUGUGGGUUUUUGCUUAUAUUCAUGUGGCAGUAGAAGAAGGACAUCUGAAUGUGUUUCUCUUUUGUUGCUUUGCAUCGUAUGACCUACGAGAUCGGUGAACUCUGGGACGAGGCUCUUCUGUAGCGUGCGACCUUGUAACUUUUUCUUAAGGGGCAUCCAUUUUCGAGCUGUUAGUCUCUAAUCAAUGUUUCUACCAUCAUCUAAAUGGAAUAAUUAAAAAAAAAUUGAAAACUUUUUUUUAUUAUUAUUAUUAUUUACAAUUAAGACAAAAUAGGCAUAGUGUUAUAAAACAAAAUAUCUAACAAAAGUGGCCGAAAUAUAUGUAUAGCCUAUCCAUGUGUACAAACAGAUUUUUGUUCUGACUAUUAAAUAUUUAAUUGCAGGUUUUGUGUCAGUCAAACAGGUAUGGCAGCUUUUAAAAACACAUGAAAUCUUGUUUUCGUGAAACGAACAGCAGUGAGAUUUUUGAGAAUCCUUUUCUCAUGGGGAGCGCUGCUAUAAUGCUGAAUGACUGACAUUGUUUUAAUAUAUUUCUGACAUUCCACGGCAGAUGUAACGCAGCUUUUCUGUUACGAAAAAACUUUAUAUAAAAAAAGGCUAUAAAUAAAUCAUGUUUGACUUAUAUUGUACUAAACUAAUAUUUGCAUUCAUAAACUAAACAAACUGUAUUGUUUAGGAGACAGGAGAUAUAUGUAUGAAGUCAUCGCAGGAGUUUUGUGGCUGCUUGCCAGCCAAUAAACUUUCAUACAAGUUUCAUUUUUACAUGUAUAAAUAUUUAUUUAAAAAAUAACUAUUAUGGGUGUAUCCGAAUUUAUGUUGAUUCUGUCGUAUUAAAUAUUAUUUUUUACUUCAAUAAACCUUUUUUUCCAAGGAGUGUUGGCUCCUUAGAACAUAGGCUACUCUCAGAAGACACUAUAUAUGUGGCUAAUAUCAAAAAUGUUACAUUAAAACUUUAUUUAAUUUCAACCUUUAGGUAAAUCGUUUUAGUAUUUGAUGAAAAUUAUAUCUUCAGACACAUUACUUUAGUUCUCUGUGCUGCAAUGCUUAUAAUAUUAUUUUAUUUUGCUGAUAAAUAAGAUGUAGUCUAAUUAGGUGACAAGUACAAAUAAUUCCAAAUAUCCUAACUUUUCUAAAUAUUUUAAGUUAUUAGAACAUUGUUUUAUUAGAUUUUCCCACUAUAUUUGACGACGCUAUUUAAGAAAUGAACCGAUAGUUGCAAAUACAGUAUAGGCUUUCUCCAAUACCUCAUAAUUGAUCCCAAGUUGCACUAGGCCCUGUUUUCCAAUACAGUUACAAAUCACCCUCUAAAGAUCGUCUUCGCUUGUGUCGUAUAUUAUUUAAUGAUGGCAGUGUACCGUUUCCAAAACCAGCAUAGGUCGUUUGUUAUAAAAUAAAGUGUAAAUACAACUUUUAAAUUAAAACCUUACAAUAUAACCUUACAAAAGGCCAACUACAAAAGUGAAAAUGUCUACAGUUCAUUUGCUGUAAGAAAUAAAUAUGAAUUUAAUGCCAAUAUAUAAAUUAUUUAUUUUCAUAUUUAUAUUCCUUUAGAGUGAUAAUUAUUUGUACAUAUGUUAGCCAUAUAUGUAUUUACAUAAUUCUAUAUAGAUAGAUAGAUAGAUAGAUAGAUAGAUAGAUAGAUAGAUAGAUAGAUAGAUAGAUAGAUAGAAAUAUAGCUAAGAUUAUAUUAUACAUGUAUAAAUAUAAGACUUCAGUAAAUAUUUCAGUAAUUAUAUUUAUAAUAUAAUUCAAUUAAUGCCAGCAUUAUACCAGAUGCUAUCUGGCUGUGGUUAACCUAUAACACUAUACUUGUUAGUCAUAAAAAUCAUAGAAGGACAGUGCAGGGCUACAAUUACGGCCACGGCCCCGUGCACCGAGGUGUACGUUUCUUUUUAUGCGUCCAUAAAUCAAAAAGAUGAUUGAGGGUUUGCCCUGCAGUACAAGUAGUGAGUGCCACGCUGCACAAAAACUGUUGUGCUUAGGCUUUUGAACCUGCCCUUGUAGGAAGAAGAGGAGGAAGAGACAAGCAGGAAGAGCAAGAAGAUCAUCGUCUGCAGACACGCACCAAGCGCUUAACACAAAUGCAUUCAUUUAUUGUUAAACAUAGGUGUGGUCGCAAAUUCACUAUUUAAGAAAUAUAAUCUCCAUAUACAUUCAUUAUCUAAUGUUGUAAUGUGUCGUCCGUAGACUUAAAUUAUAAGGCAUUAGCCAAUACAAAGGAACAUUUUUUUCUGAAUACAGUUACAAUUGUUAAUGCUUUCAUUAUUGGUUCAUAUUGACUUUUGAAGUGUUUGCAGUUGCACAGUAUAUUGUAUAUUGUGUCAGUGUUUUUUAUUAGCUCUAUGCUACUGUCCGACUAGUGGUUUUAAGUUCUCAUUAAUCUACGUACGUAUUUACGUGGUACUCAGGUAACGAGGCUUUCGGGGAACAUACUUUAAUUUUAAAGUAGACUAGCCUAGCACUUACACAGCACUUAAGAUCUGUUUUCGAGCAACCGACCCAGAAACAACUCUCCAUCUCCUCACAACGCAUACAAGUCCCACCAUGUUAAUUACUCCACAAUACAUUUAAUUAUUAUGAGAACAGCUGAUUGUUUCUGUCAAUGAAGAAGUUAAAAACUAGUAACAAGUCAUCUGUUUGAAUUGGACUAAGUUUUUACAGCUUACCACUUUUUAUAUUUGAACAAAUCUUUUGACUUGCCCUUUCGUUUACCUAUUCUAAUAUCCAUAAUCAUAGUGCAUUUCUUGUACAACAUUUCUUAUUAUAUCAUACUGAACUAUGACCAGCCACGUUUUAAUAGGCUAUACAUCUUUCAUAAUUGAAAAAAAAAACCUCAAUAAAUGAACAAAAAGAAAUUGCCAUUAUAAGAUGGGACCACGUUGUUCUGUGAAGUACUGAAGGCAUUGUUAUUUUGCCUUUUUAUUCUAAAAUGCAUUUUUUUGAUCAGCUCUUUUUGUAAGAUAAGCGUCUUCUCAAAACAAUUAAGUUAGUGAUCAAAGGUGUAGGUUCUUAGCAUUGUUACUAGGUCCUCUGUGUAAACUGAGCUGUGGAGAACGAUGCAGAAAGGCUCAGAGUUGAAUCGGGGGUCACCAUGUUAUUUUCCAGAAAUGAAGCAGUUCUAACACUGAAUAUCCGUUCGACACAUGAAAUACAUAAAUACAGUUUUUGUUCCAGAGAUAAGUAUUCCAUUUUAGACUCUAACCAUGCCUUUGACUUUUCCACUUUUUGUGUUUGUUUUUUCACAUUUUAUGCUAAACGCAGAGCAUGAGCGAAGAACAGUGUCUGCAUUGCGCUCAAUCAUAAUCUUUGUUCUGAUGUCUUGCCCCUUAACCUUUACACUCAAUAUGACCCCAAAUGCAACGCUUAAUGGCCACCCAAACUAAAGCAGACCGAGAGAGAGGACACACAAUAGAGAAUAGCAAAAUUGAUUUAAAAACAAAUACAUGCCAGAAACUCUAAUAAUAAUAAAUGAUGGAACAAAAUAUUUGUAAGUAAAAAAAAAAAAACACCAUCAAAAGGUAGAAAAAGCUCAGUCACUUAAGUAUAGGUUAUUAUUUAUAUUAAUAAGGAAAAUAAAUUUGCCUGGGCAGCUACAACAUCAAGAAUUGUGCACUCAAAAAAAUAAUUUCUCUCAAAAACCCAUUAAACAACACUCAUAAUCCAGUCACACGCAAAGCAUAGUGGAUACAUUGCUUGGAUACAGAAAUACAUUAGCAAGCCCAUAAAGUUUGUGUGACCAUGUGCUGAGAACACGUCUCAACUUCUGAUUAAGUGUAAAAGCAGAAACCCUACGCCUAAAUACAUCGUAAAACGAUUUUACGAAUCAUCUUAGAAUUAUGGGCUAUUUCCCCAAAACACUGUAAACAGUAGCAUGUAAAUCGUCGCAGACCGACCAGUGUUCUGGAAAAAUUAGAGCACUUCCAUCGUGAAAAGUCAUUAAAAGUCACCUGCAGGACAAGCGCAAAAUUACAGCUAAACUUGAUAAACUUACGUGAUUGUUUAGGAGUUCACUAUGUGACUUCAGUAUCAGUAGCCUAUACAUUUAUGCUUAUUUAUGCGACCUGCAAAGACUAAUUAAAUAAAUAAAUAAAUAAAUAAAUAAAUAAAUAACACAGAAGACCGUGUUACCAAAUAAACACCACCUAAAGCGGUAAGUGAAAACCCGCUUACAUUUUUUUUUAACCGCAAAUAUUCAGUUUUGCACUAUGUCUGCUGUGGAGAUAAAUUAGCCUAGAGGCCUACUGAAGCUACUGGUGAAAGUUUUGGCCAUCAGUUCAUCUGUGGAUCUAACAAAGAACAACCUGUUUGCUGGUUUGAAAAGAGUCGUUGCUUGACGGUA